AUGCCUGUCAUCCAGCGAUCCGCUGUGCGGGCUGCUAGCCGCACCGCCUCGCGCGCUGCCCGCAGCAAUGCCGCCGCCUUCUCCACCGUUGCUCGCGCCCCUGUCGUCAACGCUUCCGCCAGCGUCCGACCUGCUAUGCCCAAGAUCGCCCAGGCUGUCCAGACUGCCGUUCAGGCUCGCGGUCUCGCCACCGAGGCUCCGUCCAAGGGCGCUCAGGGCGCUGUCAAGACCGUCAUUGGUCCCGUCGUUGACGUCCACUUCGACGGCGAGCAGCUCCCCCCCAUCCUCAACGCCCUCGAGGUCCAGGACGUUGUCGGAGGUGGUCGUCUCGUUCUCGAGGUCGCCCAGCACCUCGGUGAGAACACCGUCCGUGCCAUUGCCAUGGAGGGUACCGAGGGUCUCAUCCGAGGCCAGAAGGUUCUCGACACCGGUCUGCCCAUCCAGAUCCCCGUCGGCCCCGGCACUCUCGGACGUAUCAUGAACGUCAUCGGAGAGCCCAUGGACGAGCGCGGUCCUAUCAAGGGCAACAAGCUCUCCCCCAUCCACGUCGAGCCCCCGGCGUUCGUCGACCAGUCGACCACUGCCGAGGUCCUCGAGACGGGUAUCAAGGUCGUCGACCUGCUUGCCCCCUACGCCCGUGGUGGUAAGAUUGGUCUCUUCGGUGGUGCCGGUGUUGGCAAGACGGUACUCAUUCAGGAGCUCAUCAACAACGUCGCCAAGGCCCACGGUGGUUACUCCGUCUUCACCGGUGUCGGCGAGCGUACCCGUGAGGGCAACGAUCUCUACCACGAGAUGAUCGAGACUGGUGUCAUCAAUCUCGAGGGUGACUCCAAGGUCGCGCUCGUCUUCGGCCAGAUGAACGAGCCUCCGGGUGCCCGUGCUCGUGUCGCCCUUACCGGCCUCACCAUCGCCGAGUACUUCCGUGACGAGGAGGGCCAGGAUGUGCUGCUCUUCAUCGACAACAUUUUCCGCUUCACCCAGGCCGGUUCGGAGACUUCGGCGCUUCUCGGUCGUAUUCCCUCGGCCGUCGGUUACCAGCCCACGCUCGCCACCGACAUGGGUGUCAUGCAGGAGCGAAUCACCACCACCAAGAAGGGCUCCAUUACCUCGGUCCAGGCUGUCUACGUCCCCGCUGACGACCUGACUGACCCCGCCCCCGCCACCACCUUCGCCCACCUGGACGCCACCACCGUACUCUCCCGUGGUAUUGCCGAGCUGGGUAUCUACCCCGCCGUCGACCCCCUGGACUCCAAGUCGCGAAUGCUCGACCCCGCCAUCGUCGGCAGGGAGCACUACGACAUUGCCACCGGCGUCCAGAAGCUCCUCCAGGACUACAAGUCGCUCCAGGACAUCAUCGCCAUUCUCGGAAUGGACGAGCUCUCCGAGGAGGACAAGCUGACCGUCGAGCGCGCCCGUAAGAUCCAGAGGUUCAUGAGCCAGCCCUUCGCUGUCGCCCAGGUCUUCACUGGUAUCGAGGGCAAGCUCGUCUCGCUCAAGGACACCGUCGCUGCCUGCAAAGAGAUCCUCCGCGGCGACCACGACGCCCUCCCCGAGAGCGCGUUCUACAUGUGCGGUGGCAUCGACGACGUCAAGAAGAAGGCCGAGGAGAUCGCCCGAAGCUCGUAA